CAAGCCUGCACCUGCAAGACACCACCAUUCUGGGGUAUCAGCACUGUAGAGUGGAGAAUCAACCAGUAAAUACUAUAUCUAUAUGUAUACAUGUAUAUCUAUAUGUAUUGAAAUAUUCAAAGCAAUUCAUUUAGGAAGGUAUGAGUGGCUAACCUCCUACACAAAAAGGUACGGCUAACUUUUUGGAGAUCGUUCGGGGCCAGUAUAUGAAAUGGCAACUGGAAUCAAUAGCAACUGCACAUUUUGCUGUCCAGGUUACGGGGCUUUCCUGGGAUCCUAUCAGCUGUGGGUAGUGGUAGCUGUGAUUGGCUGUCUUCUAAUCCUGUCUCUGUGUUUGAACAUCUUGUGCUAUCUCUCCCAGUACACCACAGGGGGCGGCAACGCAUUCCUACCUCGGUUUCGUAGGAGUUUCAGUCUGAAGCUGAAGGACAUGGAAGAGAACCCCAUCUAUGGCAACAUCAACUACACACAGGGCCGGACUGAAUUCCCUCUGAACAGCUCCAGUACUAAUAGCCAACAACAGCAGAAAACCAAUCCACAGGUGGACUCUAGAAGAAGACAGGACUGUUAUGCCAACCUGCAGCUGAAGGCUCCAAAACCACAGUCCGGCCGCAGCUCUCCUCAGAUCCAGUACUCUGAUGUAGUGACUCUGCCACGGGUCAAACUGGGCCCAGAGUCCGGCUGGAGCCAGAACCAGGAGCCUACCCAUCCAGCAGAAGACACUACUUCCCUCCACUCAGACCUGUAUGCCUCAGUGGAGUCUGAGAGGGUCAAAGCCAUCUCUGAGAACAAGGACUAUGCCAACCGCAUCUGAAUAUGGUCAAAUACAUCUGAAUAUGGACUACAGCUGUUCAUAUAAAUCUGAAUAUGGACCACAGCUAGUCAAACACAUCUGAAUAUGGACCACAGCUAGUCAAACACAUCUGAAUAUGGUCCACAGCUAGUCAAACACAUCUGAAUAGGGACCACAGCUAGUCAAACACAUCUGAAUGUGGACCACAGUAGGGCAGACAAUGUAUAUAUUGACCACAGACAAUCUUCUCUUAUAUUAUAUUUAUCAGUGAGACAGAGAAGAGGACUGUACCAACCUCAGCUGAAUAUGGAUCACAGCUACUCACUGUAGAUAUGAACUAAACCAACCUUCUCUUAUAUUACAGUCUUCAUGUAGUCUGAGACAACAGUUUAUAUACAUGAACUGAUUUCUUUAAACUGGGCUGAUGCUGUAGAUAUGGACUGCCACAAUACAUCUUUUAUAUUAUAUACUGUAAUCUGUGAAACUGUUUCUUAGAAUGAGGGGCUAUGAUGAUUAUGAAUCUGUGAAUAUGAGGUGCAGCCAAACACAUGCUGGAUCGACUGUAAUCACACAACUCUUAUAUUGACUGACCUGUGAAGAGUUAUCUGUUACGAGUUUCUAGCUGACUGACAGCAAUUUCAUCUUGGUCUGUUCGCCAUGAAUAGAAACAAACAGGACUGAUUUCAAAGCCCUUUCAACUGCAGAGGGCGACUGAGAUGUCUUAUAUUAUCUGAGCAAAUAAACUGCAGCUCAUUUUCUUUUGAGGACCGUACAGAGCAGUUGAUCAUAAUCUCCCGUCCUGAUUUCAAUGUGAAAAAGGAAAAGCUGUUAUCUGACUGUAACCUGAGAAAAUAAAGUGUUAGUUAAUAUGGAAAAAGAAUACUGGAGAUUGAAAAUUAUAUGAUGUCACCACACCAGUAUAUAGAGAUUGCCAGAUAUAUUGUAUGAUAUAUGAAACUCUAUAUAGUAUGUUGCAAAAUAUAUUUCAAACGUAUUUCAAUAUGUUGAUAAAUACAUGAAAAGCGGCAACUCUUUAUUGCCCCAUAUAUUACACUAUAUAUUUGAUGAUACAGGCAUUAAAAGCAUUAUGCUGUGUUCUUGUUAUAAUGUGUAUAUAAAUGUAAAACUAGUAUGAAUAAAGUGAAAAAUUAAAAAA